AUGGCAUUUGGGGCUUUCAUCCAUGGAUAUGCACACAUGAGAAAGGUCAUUGCCGUUGAUGGCACACAAUUGUCUGGUAAAUACGAGGGCGUGUUGUUGUUCUUUGUCGCUCAAGAUACGAAGACUUAUAUCUAUCUCUUAGCAUUUUGUGUGGUGGAUAAGGAGAAUGAUACAGUGUGGGGUUUCUUCUUCGAGAAGCUUAAGGUUUUUGUCGUCAACAAACUAGAGUUGUGUGUUAUCUCCGACAGACACGUAAGCAUAGCCAACUGCCUCAUAAGGUAUUAUCCGUUUGUGCAUCAUGGUGUUUGUAUGAGGUAUCUCGGCGAAAAUCUCCGAACGUAUCACCAUUGUACAAAUUCUCUCUAUUUGUACUACCAUGCGGCCAAGGCGUACACGUUGAAAGAAUUUAAUGACUACUUCAAUGCCCUUAAAGAAAGAUGCCCCGGCGCAACAACUUGCCUCGAACAUGACUUUGGAUUUGAAAAGUGGAACUGGGCUCACUUUCCAGGUAAUAUAUUCAACGUCAUGACCACAAACAUCACCGAGUCGCUCAACUCAAUGUUGCUCGAUGAAAGAGAGUAUCUAGUGGCGUCCAUCUUCAAUUCAAUUGCACAUCAAUUUUGA